AUGGAUAACCUUGUAAAACUUACAAGAGAUAGAAACUGGGAUCCAUCUGUGCCAUUUGUGGUUGUCGUAGAACACUUUAAAAAUAACUCUUUAGAUGGCAUCUUUAACAGCACACUAAAAUACCACAUUGCAAAUAUUAUUGUUAUUAAUGCAACGGUUCUCCCGUUUAAAGUAUAUACCUAUGAUCUGUACAAAAACAAUAAAUGUGGAAGAAAAUAUGAACGAGAAAUCGACUUGGGCAGCUGUGAAAAAUUGGGUCCCAGAAUUAAUAUGGUGAAAAGCAAAAUAAGUCUACGCAAUUGUACCAUCAAUGUUUGUGUAACACAUGCUCCUCCAUACUCUAUGACGCACGUUCACGGUAAUAAAAUAUUAAAAGGAGUCGAUCAGUGCAUGUUGGAUAUUUUGGCAGAUAUCGAAGAUUUUCGUAUGAAUUAUACAUUACUGGAGGACAUUGAAUCUUUUUCAACAGUCAAUGAAGAUAAUCAAGCGACUGGAUUACUAAGUUCUCUGCAAGAUAACACGUACGAUAUUGUUUUAAAUGGAAUGGUUCUUAUUGAUUCAAGAGCUAGGGCAUUCAACUAUCUGUAUGGACACACAGCAUUCUACGAUGACGUCAGAGUAUUCGUACCUGUGGCUCCUUUCAUACAAAAAUGGAAGAAAGUGGUUAUAGAAUUUGAAUCAACAGUAUGGCUGAUGUUGUUGAUAACUUUCAUUGUGUACAGUUUGGUAACAGUCUAUGUUAUAAAUAAUAAAUAUUCAUACGAUAAAUUUUCUGUAGUGUUAAAGUUAUGGGACAAUAUUUUUUUACAUGCUGGUACGAAAAUCAAUGGGGAUGGUUCAGUGAGCAGCAUCCUUAUUAGCUGGGUGAUAUUUACAUUUCUGGUGAAUAGUUAUUAUACUACGAGUCUCAUGAGCCUUAUUACAACUCAUGGGUACGAGUAUCAAGUUCAAUCAAUGGAUGACUUGGUUCGGUACAACUAUGUACCUUGCAUAAGUUCACAGCUGCAAACCUAUUUAAAAUCAACAUCAAGUCUGCCUCAGCAAUAUUUUGUUAACGACACUUUGUGUGAGUCGUUCAAAAGUAGUUUAACUAUCACCAACAACAGUGUAAACCGAUUUACGCUAGUCCCAUAUUCUUAUUACGUAUCCAAAAAUAAUUUAUUUCGUGAUAUGGAAGGCAGACAAACGUUGUUCUCGUUCCCCAAACCUUUAAAUAAAAUACUAUCGGCAGUGUUUUUGUACAAAGGGUUUCCGAAUAUGGACAAAUUACACCUAAAUACUUUGCGAAUGAAGGAGGGUGGUCAUAUUGAACAAUGCAUUUUUAAUUCAUUGAACGGCUCGAGCAGGAACAUGUACCUCAAGACGAGAUACGCAAACCCAGAAAUGUACACCAUCGUCUUGAAAGAUUUUAUAAUUCCAUAUUUUGUACUGUUUACUGGUGUAAUUAUUUCCACAAUCAUUUUCUGUUUUGAAUUUUUAAACUUUAAGCUGACACGUAAAAGUCGGAAAAUCAUGUAAUUACGUUCUAUUCAUAUAGUGAUAAGGUGUUUACUACUUAACUCAGGGUAACACACAAAUCAACUUCUCGAUCUAUUUCUUCUGUAUGCCGCAUCCCUCCCUAUAUCCCAAGUUCACAUCACAACCUAUUUGUUCCAAUAAUAAUAUGAUUCUAUUUUGCCAAUUUCAGUUUAUUUAUCAGUUUUUCACAUUCUAAAUAAAAUUGUAAGUGCAUAAGUAGUAAGUAUAUUUAAAAAAAAUUGCUUAUGAGAAUUGUAUUUGUAUUACAUACAAAUAAAUAUUCCUUUAUAGCAAAAACAUGCUGUUUUAUUAUUAUUUUAUAUAAACGAAGUGCAAAAAGGAUCAGGUCUGAUUGUAUUGGUCGGGCUGAUACUGAGCGCCCACUCCUGGCCGCUAUCCCACUACUGCCCGAUACGGAGACUUUUGGCUGCUGGGUUUCCCCCCUGGCCCGGUUCGCCUCUCCUUAGUAAACCUGCAUUCCCCAGACUCCUCCGGGGAAUCCAUAUUAAUACCAGGCUUAGUGUGGACGUCCAGUCAACAUGGGCCACUCAGCACCAGGACUCCCGACCUCAAACCAUCCUCUGAACCAGACCUCCGAGUAGCCGGAUUACAGGAGACGCCACGCUCCCAGUCGAAAGGUAUAGCGAAUUUACCGA